AUAUUGCAUAACACACAGCGCGUCCACUGGAAAUGCAGGCCUCCAUCCGCCAUCUGCCGCCGAGAGUCAUCGGCCAGGAACCACAGACACCGUAGAAACACAGCAGGACUCAGAGGCUCACCACAAACACAAACGGCUCCACCGCGUCCUCACCCGCUUGGACGGCGACGACCUGAGCAGCGCGGAGAGGGUAUCUGCCAUCGUCGGGCUCUGGCUCAUCAUGCCGAUCCCAGGAGUGGGCAUAUACACUCUCAACGGCUUCCUCGGGCUCGUUCUCGGGCAGGCGGUCCUGCGCGCGAUCCAUCCAGGCGACCCGGGCUAUGCGACCAGCGUUCGAUCCACGAUGCAGAUCGGCGCGGUGGGCAGCGGCGUACUCUGCGUGGCUAUCUGGGCCGUCGUCCUGAUGCUCCUAUGCCUCGCGGCCGUUAGCAGGAAUGUCAAAGGCUUUGCGAGGACGAUGAACAUGUCGACAAGCAUACGAAAAGACCUGGGCUCCCUCGCCUUCUAUACCGCGGUUGGAGCCGCCAGCGGACCUCUGGGAAUCGCCAUCCUGAAGCACCACAGGAACGCGAGUCAGAGAGCGGAUAUGCUGAAUGUGAGCGACGCGGCGAGGGUGGGCGCACUCGGGUGGGCGCACUCGGGUGGGCGCACUCGGGUGGUUCCUUCUCGCAGUGUCGUGGUUGUUGAACCACCAGUCGAACACCUUGAAGAGCAGGGACCAGGCAGACCAACGGCCGAUCUGAUGGCUUUCUAUGUAUGAUAUCGCCGUGAUCUAUCGCGUCCCGGGCAAGUCCAAUGAGAGUGGAUUUAGACGAGCUGCAGUGGUGGGUGUUCAGAAGAUCGUAACUUAGCGCGUAGGUGCGAGCGGUCGCGGAGCGGAG